AUGAACCUGGGCAUCGAGCAACAAAGAAUAUCACGAGACAUGAUCGCAUGCGAGAAGUUUCAAGGCUUCUCCUCUCAACAGCGCCGCAUGUGCUUCAUCUACUUGGACCACAUGCCAGCCCUAGCCAGGGGAGCAUACCUCGCCCUGCAGGAGUGCCAGCAUCAGUUCAGGGACCACAGGUGGAAUUGCACCGUAGCCAACUCCAGCCACAUAUACAGCCAUUUUGCUAACUUAGGCACGCCAGAGAUCGGCUUCGUGCACUCCAUCAUGUCUGCCUUCAUCGCCUCAUCACUUGCCAGGGCUUGUAAGGACGGUGAGUUGACGACGUGUGGCUGCAGCAGGAAGGACAGACCGAGGUCGUUGCCACAGGAUUGGUUGUGGGAGGGGUGCGGUGAUGACGUCAAUUACGGAAGGCUCUUCACUGAAAAGUUUGUCAAAGCACAUUACGACACAAACCCUUCAAAAUCAACCAGAGAGUACUUGAGUCAGAUCACUGAGAGGCACAAUGGCGAAGUUGGAAGCAGGACAGCUGUCAUGUAUGCCAGGCCUGUUUGCAAGUGUCAUGGCGUGUCUGGCUCCUGCAAUGUGAAGACCUGCUGGGAGGAAGUUGCUCCCAUCAGAGAGCUGGGCGAUCAUCUGAAAGCCAAGUACGAUGAAGCCAUUCCUGUGAGACCCAGCAAGAAAAUGAACAUCAUACGCAGGAAGAAUAAAAGUUCGAAAAAAUUAACGAAAUCUGACAUCGCCUACUUCAACCAGCCUCUGGACUACUGCGAGUUGAACUUGAAGAAGGGAUCGUUCGGAACCAAAGGUCGUUUCUGUAAUAAGACGAGUUCUGGGACUGACGGAUGCAGUCACAUGUGUUGUGGCAGGGGCUUCUAUUCUAAAAAGAUAACAGUGCACGAGCAAUGUCACUGCAAGUUUCGCUGGUGCUGUGAGGUCAAGUGCAAAGUUUGUGAAAAAAUUGUCGAUAUACACUGGUGCAAAUAAACAUUUUAGUU